UGGCGUUUUUCUGAUUUCAUGAAAUUUUUCGUUUCAUCGUUGUGCUGCUGCUCCUAUUUUCAGUCUGAAGAGAAUUAUCGACACGACAAGUGGUGAAUUAUAAUCCCGUUCGACUGUGGUGAAGUGUUGCUUUCAAUUUUGAAAUAGCGCCUCUACGCUUAACUUCAAGCAUUCUGAGAUUUUCUCAAAAAAACAUUAGAGGCUAACAUAAAUAACAUCAUUAUCGAAAGGUGCACUGCAUUUCAUGGUGAAUAGUAAUUUUGACCGAGCACCACAAUGGCUGAAGCCGAAGGAGGUUCCGAGCAGGAUGAUGUUUCAUUUCUGCGAACGGAAGAUAUGGUUUGUCUCUCAUGUACCGCAACUGGUGAACGCGUCUGUUUAGCAGCUGAAGGAUUUGGUAAUCGCCAUUGUUUUUUGGAAAAUAUAGCGGACAAAAAUAUUCCGCCAGACCUAUCCCAAUGCGUUUUCGUAAUUGAGCAGGCACUAUCAGUUCGAGCAUUGCAAGAAUUAGUAACUGCGUCUGGAUCAGAAACUGGAAAAGGAACUGGUUCUGGUCACAGGACAUUGCUUUAUGGUAAUGCUAUACUUUUGCGGCAUCACAAUAGUGAUAUGUACCUAGCAUGCCUUUCCACUUCUUCCUCAAACGAUAAGCUGUCUUUUGACGUUGGAUUGCAAGAACAUAGCCAAGGUGAGGCUUGCUGGUGGACAGUACAUCCUGCAAGUAAACAAAGGUCUGAAGGCGAGAAAGUACGAGUGGGUGAUGAUCUAAUUUUAGUUUCUGUAGCCACCGAACGAUAUUUGCACACCACUAAAGAAAACGAACAGUCAAUUGUUAACGCCAGUUUUCAUGUAACACACUGGUCGGUUCAACCUUAUGGUACUGGUAUAUCACGAGUUAAAUAUGUUGGAUAUGUUUUUGGCGGUGAUGUUUUACGAUUUUUUCAUGGCGGUGAUGAAUGUUUAACUAUACCAAGUACAUGGGGUCGUGAAGCAGGCCAAAACAUUGUUGUGUAUGAGGGUGGCUCAGUAAUGUCGCAAGCUCGUUCGUUAUGGCGUCUCGAAUUGGCACGCACUAAAUGGACCGGUGGCUUUAUUAACUGGUACCAUCCAAUGCGCAUACGUCAUAUUACCACUGGACGAUAUCUUGGUGUGAACGAAAAUAACGAAUUAGUUUUGGUGAAAAAAGAGGAAGCAUCUAUUGCAUCAACGACUUUCUGCUUAAGACAGGAAAAAGACGACGAGAAAAAAGUACUGGAGGACAAAGAUCUAGAAGUUAUCGGUGUACCUAUCAUUAAGUAUGGUGAUACCACUGUUAUUGUGCAACACUGUGAGUCCAGCCUAUGGCUCAGCUACAAAAGCUAUGAAACUAAGAAAAAGGGUGUCGGCAAAGUGGAAGAAAAACAAGCAAUUCUCCAUGAAGAGGGAAAAAUGGAUGAUUGUUUAGAUUUUUCACGAUCUCAAGAAGAGGAAUCCAAAACUGCGCGGGUUAUUCGAAAAUGCAGUAGUCUUUUUACACAAUUCAUCAAUGCUUUGGAAACACUACAAUCUAAUCGACGACAUUCAAUAUUCUUUCAAAAAGUAAACUUAAACGAAAUGGUCAUGUGCCUUGAGGAUUUAAUCAAUUACUUUUCGCAGCCUGAAGAUGACAUGGAACACGAAGAGAAGCAAAAUCGGUUUCGAGCACUUCGAAAUCGGCAGGAUCUCUUUCAGGAAGAAGGCGUUCUAAAUCUAAUAUUAGAAGCUAUUGAUAAAAUUAAUGUAAUCACUUCACAAGGAUUUUUGGCCAGUUUUUUGGCGGGUGAUGAGACUGGUCAAAGUUGGGACCUAAUAUCGACAUAUCUUUAUCAACUAUUGGCAGCAAUAAUUAAAGGAAAUCAUACUAAUUGUGCGCAAUUUGCCAACAGUAACCGCCUAAAUUGGCUAUUUUCACGAUUAGGUUCACAAGCAUCUAGUGAAGGAUCCGGCAUGUUGGAUGUGUUGCACUGUGUUCUUAUUGACUCUCCAGAAGCACUGAACAUGAUGCGCGAUGAACAUAUUAAAGUAAUAAUUUCCUUACUUGAAAAACAUGGGCGAGAUCCCAAAGUUCUUGACGUACUAUGUUCACUGUGCGUAGGCAAUGGAGUGGCGGUUAGAUCAUCCCAAAAUAAUAUAUGCGAUUUUCUGUUGCCUGGAAAAAAUUUAUUAUUGCAAACGCAGCUUGUGGAUCACGUAGCCAGCAUACGUCCGAAUAUAUUUGUUGGUCAAGUAGAUGGAUCUGCGAUGUACCAAAAGUGGUACUUCGAAGUCACUAUGGAUCAUAUUGAACAAACUACUCACAUGAUGCCGCAUUUGAGAAUUGGAUGGGCUAAUACCUCUGGCUAUGUUCCUUACCCAGGUGGUGGUAAAAAGUGGGGAGGAAACGGUGUAGGUGAUGAUCUUUAUUCCUUCGGUUUUGACGGCGCCCAUUUAUGGACGGGUGGUCGUCGAACUUUGGUUGUUAACGACUUACCCCAGGAACCAUAUAUUCGAAAAGGAGAUGUUAUUGGCGUUACUAUAGAUCUUUCAAUACCUAUUAUUACAUUUUCUUUUAACGGUAGCAAGGUUCGCGGUUGCUUCAAGGAUUUUAAUUUGGAUGGGAUGUUCUUCCCUGUAAUGAGUUGUUCUUCAAAGUUGAGUUGCCGCUUUCUUUUUGGUGGAGACCACGGCCGUUUAAAAUUUACCCCACCUCUGGGAUUCUCCCCAUUAGUUCAGUGUUUGAUGCCACAUCAAAAUCUAAGCUUGGAUCCUUGUUUUUACUUUGGAAACUUAAAUAAAAAUGUUUUAGCCGGACCGUGGCUAAUCGAAGAUGACACUGCAUUUGUACCUAACCCUGUUGACACUUCUGGUGUCGCACUUCCUUCCUCUGUGGAUCACAUAAAGGAAAAACUAGCAGAAAACAUCCAUGAAAUGUGGGCACUGAACAAAAUAGAAGCAGGCUGGUCUUGGGGAGAGCACAGAGAUGACUACCAACGAAUACAUCCAUGUCUUACUCAUUUUGAAAAACUACCUUUACCAGAGCGUCGGUACGAUAGUCAAUUGGCGGUGCAAACACUUAAGACCAUAAUAGCUCUUGGAUAUUAUAUUACUAUGGAUAAGCCGCCUGCCCGUAUUCGUCCCAUCCGAUUACCAAAUGAAAUUUUUAUGCAGGCUAAUGGCUACAAACCUGCUCCCUUAGAUCUCAGUGCAGUCACACUUUCUCCAAAAUUGGAGGAAUUAGUAGACCAGUUGGCUGAAAAUACACAUAAUUUAUGGGCUCGCGAGAGAAUCCAACAAGGUUGGACUUAUGGACUCAAUGAAGACUCCGAAAAUCACCGCAGCCCACACUUGGUGCCUUACUCAAAAGUAGAUGAAGCCAUUAAAAAAGCAAAUCGUGAUACCGCUUCUGAAACAGUACGUACUCUCUUGGUUUAUGGAUAUAUGUUAGAUCCACCAACAGGUGAAGGCAAUGAGGGAUUAUUAGCUGAGGCGCAACGAUUAAAAUUUGCUGCUUUUCGCACUUAUCGCGUCGAACGGAAUUAUGCCGUCACAUCUGGAAAAUGGUACUUCGAGUUUGAGGUUCUUACAGCGGGUCCAAUGCGUGUAGGAUGGGCUAGAGCAGACUGUCAUCCAGGGACCAUGUUGGGCAGCGACGACUCCAGUUGGGCUUUUGACGGGCAUAACGAAGAAAAAAUUGCUGGUGGCACCUGUGAAUCUUUUGGUAAACAAUGCGGGCAUGGCGAUAUUGUCGGCGUGUUCUUAGAUCUCGCCGACCACACAAUCAGUUUUUCACUUAACGGAGAACUUCUUAUGGACGCUUUAGGUGGUGAAACAACUUUUGCAGAGGUGUCUGCAGAAGGAGUAGGAUUUGUACCUGCUUGCACCCUGGGUGUGGGACAAAAAGCACGUUUAAUAUAUGGGCAAGAUGUGGACUCGCUGAAGUUUUUUACUACAUGUGGCCUACAGGAGGGCUAUGAGCCGUUUUGCGUUAAUAUGCGUCGCCCAGUAACUCAUUGGUACACCAAAGAUCAACCAAUUUUCGAAAACACUGAAGAAAUGCCUGACUGUCGAAUAGAUGUUACACGUAUCCCAGGAGGGGCAGACACCCCACCACAUUUGAAAAUAUCUCAUAAUACGUUUGAAACAAUGGAAAAGGCAAAUUGGGAAUUUUUACGACUUUCUCUGCCUGUUACUUGCAUGAGUCAAUUUAUAACUGAGUUAGAAAAGACUCGUCGAUGGGAAGAAAUUAAAAUACGGCAGUAUCAAUUACAACGCGAAGCUCAAGAUUUAGCUAUUCAACAACAACAACAAGCUGCUGCUAACGUAGAUCAUAUGUUGAAAGGUGGCUUCACCAUGAGCGACAUUAAAGGUCUUCAUCAAAAUUUUGAUGACGCGGUGGAAUCAGAAGAACAAUUGGCACGCAGUCCCGCAAGACCACCUCGUCGAAGUUCCUUGACACGUAAUAUAACUUUCGAGUCAGACGUGGCGACCGACAUGCGAGGAUCUACUGCGUUUGAUAUGGUAAACGGUAUUAAUGGAUUGAAUGGAAUUGAUGAAGGAAUUGAUGAUAAGAAAAAACGUGGUCGAAGCCCUUUUAAAUUUUUCUCCAAGAAAUCGCGGGACCAAAGUAGAGAUAAAACAGGUAGCACAUUCCAAGAAACAUCACUCGAACGUAGAAAUACUGUUGCACAUGGUCGCAAUGUUGUAAAUGCUCAAUUAUCCACAAAAACACCAACUCUUCGCUUGAAUAAUGCCGAUAUACCGAUUUCUCCAAUUCAACAAGGCCCUAAGCAGCUGACCUCUACUACUUUGGGGCAACCAACUAUAGAAUCAUCUGGCAACGAAUUAUUUGACACUGAGUGUUUGAAGUUAAUAAAUGAAUACUUUUACGGUGUUCGGAUAUUUCCUGGACAAGAUCCAACACAUGUCUAUGUCGGUUGGGUUACAACACAAUAUCAUCUUCACAGUAAGGAGUUUAACAAAUCAAAAGUACGAUGUGGUUCCGUUGUUAUUGAAGACGAAUAUGAAGUUAUUAUAGAUCGUAUUGAUAGACAGAGUUGCUACGUUGUAAGAGCUGAUGAACUUUUUAAUGAAGUAACGCAAGAUUCUUCCGGAAAAGGCGCCUCUCAGGGAAUGUUUAUUGGAUGUUUUGUGGACACCUCGACGGGUAUUAUUCGUUUCACUUGUGAGGGGAAAGAGACUGCUCACCGCUGGAUGAUGGAACCAGACACAAAGCUUUUUCCAGCAAUAUUUGUGGAAGCAACGAGUAAAGAAAUUUUACAGAUUGAAUUGGGGCGUACAUCUACAACUUUACCUCUUUCUGCUGCUGUUCUCCCUACAAGCGAUAAGCAUAUUAAUCCUCAGUCUCCUCCUCGCCUUAAGGUACAGUGUCUCCGGCCUCAUCAAUGGGCACGUGUUCCAAACACUGCUCUGCAAGUGCACGCUCUCAAACUUUCCGAUAUAAGAGGUUGGUCUAUGUUAUGCGAAGAUCCAGUAUCAAUGCUUGCCCUUCACAUACCCGAAGAAGAUCGCUGCAUUGACAUUUUGGAGUUAAUAGAAAUGGACAAAUUAUUAUCAUUUCAUGCUCAUACCCUUACAUUAUAUGCUGCACUUUGUUACCAGUCAAACUAUCGCGCUGCUCAUGCUCUUUGUCAGCACGUUGACCAAAAACAGCUUCUGUACGCAAUAAGGUCGGAAUACAUGAGCGGACCUCUUCGACAAGGAUUUUAUGACCUGUUAAUUGCACUUCACUUGGAGUCACAUGCCACUACAAUGGAAGUAUGUAAGAAUGAAUACAUAAUUCCACUUGGCACUGAGCUAAAAGAAUUAUACAGCGAUGAUGAAAUGUGCCACUCGUUGCGCUCACUUAUAACAGAGUCGGUGCGCCCCCAAAUGCGAAUGACGGAUAUUACACCCCCAGUAUAUAGCCAUACAUCUAGUUUACCAAGUGUUUCCAGUGAACCAAUACCCAACAUCGAUCAACUGUACUCUCCGAAAUUUCCACUUGAAGUAGUAAGAGAGUUUGUAAUGGAGGCAUUGAAAGAAGCAGUUGAAGUCAAUCAAGUUCACAACCGUGAUCCAAUUGGUUGGACUAAUGAGAAUCUAUUCUUACCACUUCUUAAGCUUACUGAUCGAUUAUUAUUAGUUGGCGUUCUUACGGAUGUGGAUGUACAAAAGCUACUCAUUAUGAUUGAUCCUGAAACAUGGGAUAUCACAUUUGAAAAAGACGGCAAAGAUGAACAUCGGAAAGGCCUGUUGACGAUGAAAAUGGCCGAAGGAGCUAAGCUUCAAAUGUGUUACCUCCUUCACCACCUUUACGACAUACAACUGCGGCAUAGGGUUGAAAGUAUCAUAUCAUUUUCUCAUGAUUUUGUUGGUGAUUUGCAAGGCGAUCAGCUCCGGCGAUACAUUGAAAUAAAGCAGUCGGAUCUUCCAAGUGCUGUGGCUGCAAAAAAAACUAAAGAGUUUCGUUGUCCCCCUAGAGAGCAGAUGAAUCAAAUACUGUGCUUUAAAAAUCUUGAGUCUGAUGAUCAAGAAAAUUGUACAUGUGGUUUAGAUUUAAGAAGUCGAUUGUAUGAUUUUCAUGAUAGCCUUAUGAAAAAGGUAUCUCUUAAUGCUCUGCAAGAACCCGAUGAAGUGGAUUGUAAUGCAAUUGAAGAAGUGAAAACGGGACCAAUUACAAAAAUUUAUAAUUUUAUAAAUGCUGUUAAAGAACUAGAGGAAGGGCCUAAAGAAAUUGAGGAACCGGAGAAGAAAACUCCAGAAGAAGUUUUUCGAAAAGUAUUAAUAAAAACUAUUGUCAGUUGGGCUGAAGAAUCGCAAAUAGAAAACCCGAAGCUUGUACGUGAGAUGUUCAGCUUAUUAGUUCGCCAAUAUGAUACUGUGGGUGAAUUGGUUCGAGCUCUGGGUAAAACCUACGUUAUUAAUAACAGAGCUAGAGAGGACGUAGCUGAAAUGUGGGUUGGUUUAAGUCAAAUUCGCGCUUUACUUCCGGUACAAAUGAGUCAAGAAGAGGAGGAGCUUAUGAGAAAACGUCUUUGGAAAUUGGUAAAUAAUGCUACAUUCUUCCAACACCCUGAUCUUAUACGAAUACUAAGAAUUCACGAGAACGUAAUGGCAGUUAUGAUGAAUACAUUAGGAAGACGAGCGCAAGCACAAAGUGAUGCUCCCCCCCAGACGGAAGGGGUAGAAGGCGCACCCCCAAAAGAAAAAGACACAUCUCAUGAAAUGGUGGUUGGAUGUUGUCGCUUCCUUUGUUACUUUUGUCGUACAGGUCGUCAAAAUCAGAAAGCCAUGUUUGACCAUUUUGACUUCUUAUUAGACAACGCAAAUAUCCUACUGGCAAGACCCAGUUUACGUGGUUCAACCCCAUUAGAUGUAGCAUAUUCUAGCUUGAUGGAAAAUACAGAACUGGCUCUAGCACUAAGAGAACAUUAUUUAGAAAAAAUUGCCGUUUAUUUGUCGCGAUGCGGACUGCAAAGCAAUUCAGAAUUAGUUGAAAAAGGCUAUCCAGACUUGGGAUGGGAUCCAGUAGAAGGUGAACGUUACUUAGACUUCCUAAGAUAUUGUGUAUGGGUAAACGGGGAAAGCGUCGAAGAGAACGCAAACCUUGUCAUUCGUCUUCUUAUCCGCCGUCCAGAAUGUUUAGGACCGGCUCUAAGAGGAGAAGGGGAAGGCUUAUUCCGCGCAAUAGUGGAAGCUAACCGCAUGUCAGAGCGUAUUUCUGAUAGAUGCAACAUGCAAAAUGAGGCCGAAGGAACAAUUGCUGGUUUAAAUUUCACACAUCCAUUGCCUGAGGGAGAUGAAGAUGAAGACUAUAUAGAUACUGGUGCAGCGAUUCUUAAUUUUUAUUGUACGCUUGUUGAUCUUCUUGGAAGAUGUGCUCCAGAUGCCUCCGUGAUUGAACAAGGAAAAAAUGAAUCGCUUAGAGCUAGAGCUAUUUUGAGAUCAUUGGUCCCACUGGAAGAUCUUCAAGGGGUUCUCAGUUUAAAAUUCACAUUGACACAAACACCACCAGGAGAAGAGAGACCAAAAUCAGAUAUGCCGUCCGGACUUCUACCAAACAAUAAACAAAGCAUUGUUCUAUUUUUAGAACGAGUAUAUGGUAUAGAAACACAAGAUUUAUUCUACCGAUUAUUGGAAGAUGCAUUUUUACCUGAUUUACGAACAGCCACUAUUCUUGAUAAGAGUGAUGGGUCGGAAAGUGACAUGGCCCUUUCGAUGAAUCGUUACAUUGGUAAUUCUAUACUACCAUUACUUAUAAAACAUUCGAAAUUUUACAAUGAGGCCGAAAAUUAUGCUAGCCUUUUGGACGCAACGUUGCACACUGUAUAUCGACUAUCAAAAAAUCGUAUGCUAACAAAGGGCCAGAGAGAAGCUGUAUCGGAUUUCUUGGUGGCACUUACAUCCCAGAUGCAACCUGCCAUGUUACUGAAACUAUUGCGCAAGUUGACUGUGGAUGUAUCCAAAUUAUCUGAAUAUACUACCGUGGCCUUAAGACUACUCACUCUUCACUUCGAUCGUUGUGCAAAAUAUUACGGUUCAUCUCAAGGUCAAGGGUCAUAUGGGGCAUCGUCUGAUGAAGAAAAACGAUUGACGAUGCUUCUGUUUUCUAAUAUUUUCGAUUCCCUGAGCAAUAUGGAUUAUGACCCGGAGUUAUUUGGAAAAGCAUUACCUUGUUUAAUUGCUAUUGGAUGUGCAUUGCCGCCUGAUUACAGUUUAUCGAAAAAUACUGAUGAAGACUAUUAUGGUCGACAAUCGGGAGCUCCGGAUCAGCCACAAUAUGAUCCCCAACCUAUUGAUACAGAACAAGUACAAUUAAACAAUGAUCUCGAAGCACUGGUGCAGAAAUUUAGUGAACAUUACCAUGAUGCCUGGGCAAGUCGACGUUUAGAAAGUGGAUGGUCCUAUGGCGAGAUACGUUCCGAUAAUGAUCGAAAACAUCCUCGCCUGAAGCCUUACAACAUGUUAAGUGAUUACGAACGUGAACGUUAUCGAGAUCCAGUGAGAGAAUGUCUGAAAGCCCUUGUUUCUAUUGGUUGGCGUAUUGAACAGUCAGAUAUUGAUGUUCCUCUCAAUCAUCGUGGAUCAACUCGUCGUCAAUCCAAACCACAAAUCAACGAUUUUCAGAGUGAAAGCAGUCCGUUCAACUAUAACCCACAUCCAGUAGAUAUGACAAAUCUAACGCUAAGUAGAGAAAUGCAAAAUAUGGCAGAACGUUUGGCUGAGAAUUCUCAUGACAUAUGGGCAAAGAAAAAGAAAGAAGAGCUUAACUCUUGCGGUGGUGUUAUACAUCCUCAACUUGUUCCUUAUGACUUAUUAACAGAUAAAGAAAAACGGAAAGAUCGUGAACGAUCACAAGAAUUUUUGAAGUAUAUGCAAUAUCAAGGCUACAAAUUACACAAGCCAUCUAAAGGAGGAGUUACAGAAGGAGAAGGAGGAGCCACACAAGCAGCAGUGGAACUUCGAUUUUCAUAUUCUCUAUUAGAAAAAUUAAUUCAAUAUUUGGAUCGAGCUACUAUUAAUAUGAAGCUACUUAAGCCAUCGACCACAUUUAGCCGACGCUCAUCAUUCAAAACGGCUUCGCGUGACAUAAAAUUUUUCUCAAAAGUUGUACUUCCAUUAAUGGAAAAAUAUUUUUCUACACACCGUAACUAUUUUGUUGCAAUGGCAACGGCAACAAACAUCACAGGCGCAGCUUCUCUGAAGGAAAAAGAAAUGGUAGCAUCUAUAUUUUGUAAAUUAGCAUCACUUCUUCGUAAUCGCCUUAGCGCCUUUGGACCAGAUGUGCGAAUCACAGUACGGUGUCUUCAAGUAUUAGUGAAGGGCAUAGAUGCUAAAACACUAGUUAAAAAUUGUCCAGAGUUUAUAAGAACAUCAAUGCUAACAUUUUUUAAUCAAACUGCUGAUGAUCUGGGUAAUACGAUUCUUAAUUUACAAGAGGGCAAGUAUAGUCAUCUUCGAGGCACACAUUUAAAAACAUCUACUUCAUUGAGCUAUGUAAAUCAAGUAGUACUACCAGCAUUAACUGCUAUGUUCGACCAUUUAGCUGCUUGCGAUUAUGGCAGUGAUCUUCUAUUAGACGAAAUACAAGUAGCUUCGUACAAAAUAUUAGCGGCAUUGUAUCACCUAGGAACUGAUGGAACGCUCACACAUGAUCGAAAAUAUUUGAGAACCGAAAUAGAGCGGCAUCGGCCCGCACUAGGCUCGUGCUUGGGCGCCUUCAGUUCUUGUUUCCCAGUCGCUUUCUUAGAACCACAUCUUAAUAAGCACAAUCAAUAUUCACUACUUAAUCGCAUUGCAGACCACUCAUUAGAAGCUCAAGAUAUUAUGGUUCGUAUGGAAAGCUGCAUGCCAAAUUUAGAAACAAUUCUGGGAGAAGUCGAUAUCUUUGUUGAAUCAGAAAAAACAUAUAAUGAUGCACCGCAUAUAAUAGACGUUAUUUUACCUUUACUUUGCUCCUAUCUUCCGUUUUGGUGGGCACAGGGUCCGGAUAAUGUUAGCCCCACCAGUGGCAAUCACGUGACUAUGGUAACAGCAGAUCAUAUGAACUCACUUCUUCGUAACGUUUUAAAAAUGAUUAAAAAGAAUAUUGGGAAUGAUAAUGCUCCUUGGAUGACGAGAAUCGCUGCAUACACACAACAAAUAAUUAUUAACACUUCUGAAGAGUUGCUAAAGGAUCCGUUUUUGCCACUCGCCGAGCGUGUGAAAAAACGGACAGAAAAUAUGUUUCAUAAAGAAGAGAGUAUGCGUGGUUUUAUUAAAUCGGCCACUGAUGACACUUCUCAAGUGGAAACUCAGUUACAAGAAGACUGGCAACUUCUUGUUCGGGACAUUUAUUCGUUUUAUCCACUUUUGAUUAAAUAUGUUGAUUUGCAACGUAAUCACUGGCUUAAAGACAAUAUCCCCGAAGCGGAAGAUUUAUAUAAUCAUGUAGCUGAAAUAUUUAACAUAUGGUCAAAGAGUCAAUACUUUCUUAAGGAAGAGCAAAACUUCAUUUCGACCAAUGAAAUUGACAAUAUGGCGCUUAUUAUGCCUACGGCUACCAGACGAUCAGCAAUUACUGAAGGGGCACCCGUAACAGGUGGUAAAGUUAAGAAGAAGAAAAAGAACAGAGAUAAAAAGAGAGACAAAGAUAAAGAAGUACAAGCUAGUCUAAUGGUAGCUUGUCUGAAGCGUUUGCUUCCAGUUGGCUUAAAUUUGUUUGCUGGGAGAGAACAGGAGCUUGUACAGCAUUGCAAAGAUCGCUACUUGAAAAAAAUGCAAGAAUAUGAUGUUAUAGAAUUUGCUCGAAAUCAGUUGACACUUCCUGACAAAUUAGAUCCUUCAGAUGAAAUGUCAUGGCAACACUAUUUGUAUUCAAAGUUGGGAAAAAGAGAGGAACUCGCAGAUGAACAGGCAUUGGAAAAACCUUCAAAUCAAAAUGAUAAAAGCAAGGACAAGACGCAAGAAACUGUUGACCGUAUAGUAGCCAUGGCUAAAGUUCUGUUCGGUUUACAUAUGGCAUCACGUCCUAAGCCAAGAAGCAAACGUUGGAAUUCGAAAAUUACAUUGGCCCGGCGCCAGGCAGUCAUAUCCAGCUUACGCGCUAAACAUCUUUAUCGCAUGAGCAGACAUCGAGCCUGCAACAUUUUUGCCAGAUCGUACUAUGAGCAAUGGCUUCAAGAAGAAAACGUAGGUCAAGAGAUAAUGAUUGAAGACUUGACGCAAACGUUUGAAGAAUCGGAGAAAUCCAAGAAGGAAGAAGAAGAGUCUGAAGGUAAGCCAGAUCCACUUACGCAGCUAGUUACUACUUUCUGUCGUGGAGCGAUGACCGAACGAAGCGGAGCUUUGCAAGAAGAUUUACUCUAUAUGUCAUACGCACAAAUCGCUGCAAAGUCCUGUGGAGAAGAAGAAGAAGAGGGUGGCGAUGAAGAGGGUGGAGGAGAGGGCAAUGAGGAAGGAGCAAGCAUACAUGAACAAGAAAUGGAAAAACAGAAACUUCUCUUCCAUCAAGCGCGGCUCUCAAAUCGUGGCGUUGCGGAAAUGGUGCUGCUUCAUAUAUCCGCUUCAAAAGGUGUGCCCUCUGAAAUGGUUAUGACAACAUUAAAUUUGGGUAUAGCAAUACUCCGUGGUGGUAAUAUAGACAUUCAGAUGGGAAUGUUGAAUCAUCUGAAGGAGAAAAAAGAUGUGGGUUUCUUUACAUCAAUUGCAGGUCUUAUGAAUUCAUGUAGUGUAUUAGAUUUGGAUGCAUUUGAACGCAAUACAAAGGCAGAAGAGUACAUUCCAAGUGCGGGUGCAGGUCUUGGUGUAGGUUCGGAAGGAGCUGCUGGCGAGAAAAACAUGCAUGAUGCUGAGUUUACUUGUGCAUUGUUUCGAUUCAUUCAAUUGACUUGCGAAGGGCACAACCUAGAUUGGCAAAACUAUUUGCGUACGCAGGCAGGCAACACAACUACAGUCAACGUGGUGAUAUGUACUGUUGAUUACUUACUACGUCUACAAGAAUCCAUAAUGGACUUUUAUUGGCACUACUCUAGUAAGGAGAUCAUAGAUCCGGCAGGAAAGGCUAACUUCUUCAAAGCAAUUGGUGUGGCAAGUCAAGUAUUUAACACAUUGACUGAGGUCAUUCAAGGUCCAUGUACAUUAAAUCAACAAGCUUUAGCGCAUUCUCGUUUAUGGGACGCUGUUGGGGGUUUCCUCUUUCUUUUCUCGCAUAUGCAAGAAAAGUUGUCAAAGCAUUCUAGCCAAGUGGACUUAUUGAAAGAGCUACUUAAUUUGCAGAAAGACAUGAUUACUAUGAUGCUUUCUAUGCUCGAAGGAAACGUUGUUAAUGGUACAAUCGGAAAACAAAUGGUGGACACACUGGUCGAGUCGGCUGGCAACGUAGAAUUAAUUCUAAAAUACUUCGAUAUGUUUUUAAAAUUGAAAGAUUUGAUUGAAUCUCCAAGCUUUACGGAAAUUGAUAUUAAAAAUGAGGGCUGGGUGACUCCAAAAGACUUUAGGGAUAAAAUGGAGCAAUCUAAAAAUUACACACCAGAUGAAAUGGACUUUCUUUUGGCAUGCUGUGAACGUAACCACGAAGGCAAAAUUGACUAUGGCGAUUUCGUUGAUCGUUUUCAUGAGCCAUCAAAAGAGAUCGGUUUUAAUUUAGCCGUAUUGUUAACGAAUCUGAGCGAACAUAUGCCGAAUGAGCCUCGUUUAGCCCGAUUCUUAGAGACAGCUGGAUCGGUGUUGAAUUAUUUUGAACCCUUCCUUGGCCGUAUUGAGAUUUUGGGCAGCUCCAAGCGUAUCGAGCGCGUAUAUUUUGAAAUAAAAGACUCAAAUAUUGAACAAUGGGAAAAGCCACAAAUUAAAGAGUCCAAGAGGGCAUUCUUCUAUUCAAUUGUCACCGAAGGUGGAGACAAGGAAAAAUUAGAAGCUUUCGUUAAUUUCUGUGAAGAUGCUAUUUUUGAAAUGACACACGCCUCGGGCUUAAUGGCAACUGACGAUGGUGGUGGUAAUGUUAAACGGGAUACUGCUUACAGUUCCUAUAUGAGCGAAGAAGAGGAAGAACGUGCCGCACGGGAUCCUAUACGACGGACCAUGCAAGCUAUCAAAGACGGUCUUAAGUUCAUAGUGCAUAUCCUAAGUCCAUCAAAUAUAAAACAUCAAAUUGGGGUAAUGCAAACCAAGUCGGUGCCAGAACUUAUUAUUGGAUUCUUCAAAAUGAUAUUUUAUAUGUUUUAUUAUACUGGCUACGGAAAUUUCUGUGUAGUGCGUUACCUUUUCGGAAUACUAAUGAAUCUAAUGCGUGGCCCAGCACCGGAAGAAAUCGAAGCUCCACCAAUGGAGGAGGAAACAUUUGGUAAGAUGUUGCCAGCAUUACCUAUUGAAGAACCUCCGGGACCAGUGCAGGCUUUUGGACUUGAAUUAAACAAAGAAGAAAAUGGUCAGUUCAAAGUAACAGUUCGUGAAUCACCCGGUGGUAGUGGUAACUCUUCAUUAGAAGAAACGGGUGAAUCAAGUCCAGAAGAGGGAGGAACAGCUGCUGAUCAAGCGGUAGAGAAUGAAUCGUAUCAACUUCAAGAACCAAUAUCAAUCGUUGAUUUACUAGGAGGAGAAGCUGCUAAAAAAGCAGCACAAGAACGGCAAGAGGCACAAAAGGCCCAAGAAGCGGCUAUGGCUUCAAUUGAAGCCGAAGCUAAGAAAAAGUCAUCAGCAACUGCUCAAGAAACACCAGCGGUUAAUCAAAUUGACUUUGCUCAGUACGCACAUCGUGCCGUUAGUUUCCUCGCACGUAAUUUUUAUAACCUUAAAUAUGUUGCAUUGGUUUUAGCUUUUAGUAUAAAUUUUAUGUUACUCUUCUAUAAAGUAACAUCUUUUGGUGAUGAUGAAGAGGCUUCAGGUGAUGAUGAACUUAUUCUUGGUUCUGGAUCUGGCGGUAGUCUAACAGCAUCCGGAUUUGCUGGAGGUUCAGGAGAUGGUUCUGGCGAUGGUGCAGGCGACGAAGAAGACUUACCAGAACUAGUACAUGUUGACGAAGAUUUCUUCUAUAUGGCUCACGUCAUACGCAUAGCUGCUUUUUUACAUAGUUUAGUCUCUCUAGCAAUGCUGAUUGCUUACUACCAUUUAAAAGUACCUUUAGCCAUUUUCAAGAGGGAGAAAGAGAUAGCUCGUCGAUUAGAAUUUGAUGGUCUCUUCAUUGCAGACCAACCGGAAGAUGACGAUUUUAAAUCACACUGGGACAAAUUAGUGAUUUCUGCUAAGUCAUUCCCCGUUAACUAUUGGGACAAGUUUGUGAAAAAGAAGGUGAGACAGAAGUACAGCGAAACAUAUGACUUUGAUUCAAUCUCUAAUCUACUUGGAAUGGAGAAAAGCGCUUUCAUGGCGCAGGAGAGUGAGGAAGGUGGAUUGGUGAAGUACGUAAUGAAUAUAGAUUGGCGUUAUCAAGUAUGGAAAGCAGGGGUUACAUUUACCGAUAACGCUUUCCUUUACUCGCUGUGGUAUUUCUCAUUCUCAGUGAUGGGCAACUUCAAUAACUUUUUCUUCGCAGCCCAUUUACUCGAUGUAGCCGUAGGAUUUAAAACACUUCGCACCAUUUUACAAUCGGUCACUCAUAACGGAAAACAACUUGUUCUCACUGUAAUGCUACUAACAAUAGUAGUAUACAUUUAUACAGUAAUUGCGUUCAAUUUUUUCCGCAAAUUUUACAUACAAGAAGAAGAUGAAGAGGUAGAUAAAAAAUGUCAUGACAUGUUGACUUGUUUCGUAUUCCACUUAUAUAAAGGAGUGCGGGCAGGAGGAGGAAUCGGUGAUGAAAUUGGAGAUCCCGACGGAGAUGACUACGAAGUUUAUCGUAUUAUUUUUGACAUCACAUUCUUCUUUUUCGUUAUUAUUAUACUUCUAGCCAUUAUUCAAGGUUUGAUUAUAGAUGCUUUUGGUGAGUUACGUGACCAACUUGAAUCGGUUAAAGAAAAUAUGGAAUCAAAUUGUUUUAUAUGUGGCAUGGGAAAAGAUUUCUUUGACAUAGUUCCUCACGGUUUUGAUACUCACGUGCAAAAGGAGCAUAAUCUUGCAAAUUACAUGUUCUUCUUAAUGCAUCUAAUCAAUAAGCCGGAUACAGAAUACACUGGUCAGGAGACUUAUGUAUGGAAUAUGUAUCAACAGAGGAGUUGGGACUUCUUCCCAGUAGGUGAUUGCUUCCGUAAACAAUAUGAAGACGAGCUAUCAGGAGGUGGUGGAAGUAGUUAAACAAAACAUUUAUUCACAUGUUACAUCGUUGAGAAUAUUUUAGAAAGCACUGAUCUUUCAAUCAUAAAUAAAAUAUUACGAUUUAUUCUUUGUAAAUAAUUACUCUUUAUUGAAUGAUAAUAUUAUAUUGGAAUUAUAUUUACAAAGUAUAUCUAAAGUUGAAAAAAAUAAUAAUUUUUAAUAUCGAGCGUAAUAUUUCAUUGGUUUCCAAUCAGAUUUAGGGAAAUGAAAAGAUCUGUAUAACUACACGAAUUUGAUAUCAAAUAAAAUAUGCACUGAGCUUAAAAAAAUUAGAUCAAA